AUGGCGCACGAAGGCUCGCGGCAGGAGAGGCAGGCCCGAGACCGCGGGGUGACCAGAUCCAAGGCAGAAAAGGCCCGGCCGCCCACAGUUCCCGUGCCGCAGGUGGACAUCGUGCCUGGGCGGCUCAAUGAGGCCGAAUGGAUGGCGCUGGCUGCUAUUGAGGAGGGCGAGGACGUGGUGGGGGACAUCAUAGCCGACCUGCUGGCCCGAGUCGUGGACUCCGCCUUCAGAGUAUACCUGACCCAGCAGUGUAUUCCAUUCACCAUCAGUCAGGCCCGCGAGGCCAUGCUACAGAUCACCGAGUGGCGCUUCCUGGCCCGGGACGAGGGAGAGUCUGCGGUGGCCGAUGACCCCACGUGGGGCGAGGACGAGGAGCCCUUGGCGUGCACUACGGACGCCUGGGCUCAGGGCUCGGUGCCUGUGCUGCAUGCGCCCGCUUCUGUGGGGCCCGAGGAGACCUUCCAAGAACACCGAGGGAGCGUGGACCGCAGCCCUUUAAAAAGAUCUUGGAUAGAUAGAGGCUCCCAGGAACGGAUGGAAUCUUGGGGGCCGUCUCCGGAGCUAGGAGCCAGCCCGGGCCCCCCACCCACCCCGGAGUUGUUUCAAGAGGCAGGGCCCGGGGAGCCUUUAGAGGAACUGGAAGACCAGGAGAGAGACUCCCUCUCCUCGGCCCAGUCCUUCAACGCGAGCUUCCAUCCAUCGAUGGAGAUGGCGCCCUCCAGCAGUCCCGAGCAUUCUGAGGAACAGUUCCUGGAGGCCAGCUCCCAGCAAUCGGCGGAGACGGGGCAGCCCCUCAGUUCCCAGCUCUCGCUCGGGGACCUCUAUUAUUGCGCGCCCCAGCCAGACGGGGCGGGGGACUGGGCGGAGCUCAAGAAGGAGGGGGUUUCCCGCAUCGCCUCGGGCGCUUUGCUGCCCUGCCCCUCUGCAGACGCCCCCACCCAGCUCAGCCCCUCAGCGUCACUCAGGCCGCAGCAGCCGAGGCCCGCGGAAGCGCGGCUGAACGCACUUCACCGCAGAGCCGGCGGCCUGGUGGGAAUCGCGCGCCUGGACCCCGCGCGGCUACCGCGCCACUGGGUGCGCCCCCUGGCGGAGGUCCUGGUCCCAGACUCCGUGGCGCGCCCCCUAGAAGCUUACCGCGGGCGCCCGCGGAGCCAGAAGACCAAGGCCCGCGCCGCACCCCAAGCCCCAGACCCCGGCGAUCGCGUCUCCUCGGCAGCUUUCGUCCCUCUCCGGCCUGGCGUUGCUCUCCAUGCCUCGGGCCCAGGUCUCGGCCUCCAAUUCCCCACUUUAGGUUUACCGUCGCCAGCAUUCGGGUCAAAGCUGCCCUUCCCCAGCCCAGGUCUCCGCUUCCUCACCACACACCCAGCGCUCCGCACCGUGGCCCGAAGCCCCAGCCCCAAGCUGUGGCCCAGUGCCAAGUGGCCCAGCGGCUGGGAAGGGGAGGCCGAGCUGCUGGGUGAGCUGUGGGCCGGCCGCACUCGUGUGCCUCCACAGGGCUUGGACCUUGCGGACCAAGAGGGCCAGGAUUCUCGCAGGCGGCCUCAUCCCACACCUCGGGUCCUCGAGGCCACCUCCCAGGUGAUGUGGAAGUCCGUGCUUCUGCCAGAUGCCAUGAAAUUGGCUCCUGGUGUAAGCCUCUGGAACCCGAGCACCCAGGUGCUGCUCAGCUCUUCGGAACCCCAGCAAGAGGACGAGGAAGGCUGUAUUUCUCUUCCCGUGGAGCAGCACCCCAUCCAGACAGAUGCCCCAAAGCCCCAGGUGACCGUGGCACAGCUAGUGAAGAACUCAACCCCGAAAGUGUGGUCACUCCCUUCCAAGGACCUGCCCCAUUCUGGGACCUGA